GGAAACACCCCUGUGAGUUUGAAACCGGGUUACCCGAAGCCCGUACGGGGGAGGAAGAAUCUGAGAAGGUUCACGCGAGCCUGGACGAGCGCAGACGAUCGAUCGAUUACCUCCUUGGAGGAAGAGGAGAAGGCGGAGGAGGAAAACAAGAGCGCGGAAUAACCCAGAGUGUUUUUCUCGUAGGGGUUUCUCGCGUCGUUUUUAAUCCGCAGUCUACUAAUUACCGCCUUUGAGAAGCCCAAGAAAAAGGUCAAACAAUCGAACGCGAGCAAGGCUGUGUGAGCAGGAGAGGAAAAAGUGGACGAAGGAGAAUAGGGACGAGCUCGCAGGGUCGACUAUCAAUCGUCGAUCAAUCAAAGAAAACGAAAGUGGUGGUCGGGGAGGCACGUGGGGAUAAGGUCGAGAACGUUCAACGGGAGGCUUUCAAACGCGCCGUGUUCAAUGAGACAAGGAGAUGAAGACGAGGAAGUCGCUGCUGCCGAUCGUUCUGUUGUGCGUGACGAUGGUGGGCCUGGCGCUCUGCCAGGAGAAAAGGUGGUCGAAAGCGGGUAUGAAGUACCGAGAUAAAAGCGCCAAGGGCAAGUACGAUCCUGAUUAUGCGGACAGGACGAGGGAGGACUCCGAAGAGGAGUUUUACUAUGAUCGAAGCUCAACGGCUACUGGCUAUUACGAGUCUGGAUCUCUCGACGCCUUGGCCGCUUACAGAAAUAACAGAGCAAUCGAUACUUCCAGAUCUAUGGAUAUCGGGUCGAAAAACAGUCAACAGUCUAGUCAAUCGUCGAAUCUGCCCAAAUCGCAUACAAAAUCGAGCGAAGAGGUAGGACGAGAGAAAGGACGAAGGCACAAGAAUAUGACAAUCGGAGACGGUAUCUGUCAGAGCAUAGAUAUUAGAAACAGUGUUGACACUUUCGCGGUAUUAAAAGACUGCCGUGUGAUCGAGGGCUUUCUGCAAAUCGUAUUGAUCGAAAAUAACACCGAGGCGGAUUUCGAGAACGUUAGCUUCCCGGAGCUGAGAGAAAUCACUGGUUAUUUUCUUUUAUAUCGCGUGGAAGGUCUGAGAAGUCUCAGCAAACUCUUCCCAAAUCUCGAAGUCAUCAGGGGCGACAUACUCCUCACAGACUACGCUUUCAUGAUUUAUGAAAUGAAGAGCAUGCAGGAGAUCGGCCUCAUCAACCUGACAAAGAUAUCCCGGGGUGGCGUGCGCAUAGAGAAGAAUCCCGCUCUCUGUUUUACAAAUACCGUGAAUUGGAGCCUCAUCGUUUCGGCCGGCGAAAACUUCAUCAAAGAUAACAGAAACGAACAGAGUUGCCCGCAUCAUGUGAAAGGAUGCUCUCAAUGUCCUGGCAGUUACUGCUGGACUGCCCAACGUUGCCAAAAGUUAGAGAGACCAAGGUGUCAUGAACAAUGUCUCGGGGAAUGUUACGGUCCAAGUGAUACCGAAUGUUACGUCUGUAAGCAUUAUCGACACGAAGGAAGAUGCAUUGAAAGCUGUCCCCUAAAUUUAUACGCAUAUCUCUCGAGACGGUGCAUCAGCAAGGACGAAUGCCAAAACAUGAAUCAUAUCAGAAGAUUUUCUAAAUUGGAGGAAAUACAGAUAUGGCGACCUUUCAAUAAUUCCUGUGUCACUCAAUGUCCUGAUGGUUUCGAGGAUUAUGUCGAUGACAAAAAUGUAACAAAUUGUCGGGUUUGCAAAGGACAGUGCCGUAAAAUCGCAAAAGGUGCUAUUAUACGCCAUAUUUCGGAUGCACAAAGUUUUCGCGGUAUAACGGUGGUGAAAGGGGCUCUGGAGUUUCAAAUUAGAAAUGGUAAUCCAAAUAUAAUGAAUGAAUUGGCGGAUGCAUUCGGUUUAAUCGAGGAGAUAACCGAAUAUCUGAAGAUAACGCAUUCUUUUCCAAUCACAUCGCUGAAUUUCUUCAAGAAGCUGAAAGUGAUCAAGGGUGAAAAUUUAGACAUUAACAACGCGAGUUUCGUGGUUCUGGAUAAUCCAAAUCUCUCCUCCCUUUUCCCGCUAUCCCAAAAGAUAACGAUAGAAACCGGCAGGCUGUUCUUUCAUUACAAUCCCAAGCUCUGUCUAUCCAAGAUAGAGCAGUUCGGUAAAAUGGUGAAUAUCACUAACUUCACAGAUCUUGAGGUCCAACCAGAGUCAAAUGGUGACAAAGUUGCUUGCAAUAUCGUCAACAUAAACAUCACGGUGAAAAAGCGAGAUGCGGAUCACGUCAUUUUGAGUUGGGACAGCUAUAAGCCACCAGAAGGCCAACAGCUGCUAAACUAUCUGUUAAGUUACAUAGAGACCGAGAACGAAAAUAUAACGUACGAGGCGAACGCUUGCGGUAAUAACACGUGGCAGAUAGUGGAUGUUGGUAUACCGAGUUGGAAUUCAACCGUUUCGAAGUAUAUUACGAAUUUAAAACCGUACACAAAAUAUGCCGCGUAUGUGAAAACAUUCACAACAAGAAACAAAAAUUCUUCAAGUUCCUUCGUAACUCCGGUGGGUCAAUCGAACAUUAUCUUUUUCCGAACGAAGAGCGCGAUACCUUCGGUGCCGACGAACGUGAGCUCGAUCGCAACAAGUGAUAGCGAAAUUCUACUCAAAUGGGGUCCACCGGUGUAUUCGAACGGUCCUAUAGGCUACUAUAUGAUCUCCAGCACGAUUCGAUUGGAUGAUGAGGAACUGAUCGCCUCGAGGGAUUACUGUAUUGAUGCUUUAGUCAACGAAGCAAAGGAGAUUAAGGACGCGAAGAUUUCUAAGCAGUUUGAAAUAUUCUGCCACAAGAAUAUGACUAUCAGUCAUUUAUCGCCCGGUUGGAAGGAUUACUGCGUUUUUAAUGACUAUAAUUCGCCGGAGAGUAAAUUUUAUGAUGUGACAAACAAUUUAUCCACUUUAACGCAGGAAGGACAAAAAACUGCGACAGACGUUUCGGUUAACGCUGGUAGCAGCAUCACGAGUAGCCAAUUGCAUGAUGAGAUGUACAUAUACAACGUAAGUGCGCAAAAUACUUCAUAUAUUUUGAAGAACUUGCACCAUUAUUCUUUAUACACCAUCACAAUUGCUGCGUGUGGUGUCAAAGACAGCGACGCACCAAUGUGCUCAACAAUUCAAUAUGCGAAUGUCCGGACGUUGAAACGACCAAACGCGGACGAUGUUCACAACGUGAAGGUUCAUGUGACUAACAAUACGAUAAUCGAAGUCACUUGGGAAUCAGUCAAGGAUCCAAACGCAUUCACUGUCUCGUACACCAUCGAGUACACAAAUAUGGACGUAAAGGAUGCGAAGAAGAGUACCGAGUGCAUACCGUACAUUGGGCACAGGGAAAAAUAUAUCAAUCAUUUUAUCAGAAACCUCAGUCCAGGUAGAUACAGCCUGAGAAUGCGUUCCACGUCACUAGCGGGUGACGGCAUCUUUACCAAUACAAUUUAUUUCUCAGUCGGUUUAUCGGAUAACAAUCGAAUAAUGAUGGCAACGCUGUUGAUUCUAGCUGUGUUAAUCAUCACUGUGAGUUCGAUAAUAUUCCUUAUUAGGAGCCACCAGAAGAAGAAAACACAGGAGCGAUUGAUAGCCAGCGUGAAUCCAGAUUAUAUCGAGACUAAGUAUGUUGUUGAUAGCUGGGAAGUACCUAGGGAGAACGUCGAGAUUCUGGAGGAGCUCGGUUUGGGCAAUUUCGGCAUGGUGUACCGAGGAUACCUGGAUGGCACCGGACAAGUAGCAAUUAAAACGAUCUCUGAAACCGCCAGCCAACGAGAAAAGAACGAGUUCCUGAACGAGGCCUCGGUCAUGAAGAACUUUUCGACAUGGCAUAUCAUCAAGUUGCUAGGCGUAGUCUCCAUGGGCAAUCCGCCAUUCGUCAUAAUGGAGCUCAUGGAGAAUGGCGAUCUAAAGACGUACCUGCGGAGGAUACGUGACACUCAGAUGGUGCCGAACGCAUCCAGGAUAAUGAGAAUGGCCGCGGAAAUCGCCGACGGUAUGGCCUACCUGGAGUCAAAGAAAUUCGUGCACCGUGAUCUAGCCGCCCGCAAUUGCAUGGUGUCCAAAGACCUGGUCUGCAAGAUCGGCGACUUUGGCAUGGCGAGAGAUAUUUACGAGACCGAUUACUAUAAGAUCGGCAAGAAAGGUCUGCUGCCGAUACGCUGGAUGGCGCCGGAGAAUCUUUCCGAUGGUGUAUUCACAUCCGAUUCGGAUGUGUGGUCAUUUGGUGUCGUGCUCUACGAGAUACUCACUCUCGCCGAGAUACCCUAUCAAGGUUUCUCGAACGAGGAGGUGUUGCAUCACGUGUUACGCAAAGGCAUGCUGAACAUACCGCGGAACUGUCCCGAAACCAUACAAAAGAUCAUGGAGAAGUGCUUCAAGUGGCGGCCCAGUGAACGCCCGACCUUCAUGGAGAUCGUUUCCGAGCUGGAACCGUUCCUGGGCCAGGACUUCUGCGAGAAAUCGUUUUACCACUCCGACGAGGGCAUCGAAAUACGUAGUCUCGGCAUCAAGAAGGUCUACCACAAUGCCGCACCGAUUCGAUUUCAUUGGGGCCACGAGACCGCGAGGUGGGUGAAGGACUUCGAGGACAACGUGACGUUGCUCGAUCAGAUGAAGGCGGGCACCAGCCGAGGACGGAUCUUCAAGAACGGCUUCCAGCACUUCGGUAAUGUAACGAACUUCGAGGAUGUUCCACUCGAUCGAUGAGAUUAGUCGGUAUACCGUUGAGCGGGAAAAAUCAGCGGAAUGAGAUGUAACUGCUUGAAACCGUCUUUGAUCAUAAAAUCCGCGGAAGGACAUGUAGAUAUUAACGUACAAACAAUACUCAGGGCAAUACGCGAGUGGUCUGACAAGGCUGUCGGACAAAAAUAUGUAAAGAUGUU